GUUGUUGUAAAUUGACGGAAGUGUUGUGCCCAAUGUACGCUUCGGAGUGAUAUUUGUGCGGAUUACAGUGCGCCAAGAACUGGAGUUUCGUCUCUCGUCGCCUUUUUCAUUUCGAAGGGCUCAUUUCUGCUUUCCAGGAAGGGUCAUGGUGCAAGCGAGCAAUGGGUCGUAGGGACUCACCCGUACGAGAAUUCCACUGUGUGGCCAUCGCUGCCCUCUUUGGCUUUACACCUUCGCUCAAAAAGAGGUGUGGCUGAGUGAACGUCAUGCAAGUACCUGGACGUACAUGUUGCUGGUAGUGCCAUCUUGAAGCUGGCCAACUACCAGCUGGGCACGUGCUCCUCCAGUCAAACCUUUCAACUCUCCUGCCCGAUCCUGUGCGCUCGCCCGUUCGCGAGUGCGUCUCUCAUCCUUGCUAUCGUCUACGCAUCAUGAGAACCUCAGGACUUGCGUCCUUUCCCGUUCGUCCUCUCGUGCCGCCGCCACCCCGAUUGUCAUUUCCGUCAUUGGAUCCCUCGUCGUCCUACACAUGCAUCGCCAUCUGGUUCCUCCUCGCCCUGGCGACGGUGGCCAUAGACGCCGACGCCCCGGCGUUCCCCACACAAGAGACCCGAUCGCCCCACGUCGUAGCACAAUUCCCCUCAGCGGGCGAUCAACAUCCGGGUCUUUUCCCGGCACAUCCCAAUGUCACCAGAGAAAAUUCUCUCACCUUCAAUCAUCUCACGAUAGAUCCUGGCACCGGGCGCCUCUAUGCAGGAGCAAUCAACAGAUUAUUCCAACUCGACUCGAGUCUAAGGCUGGAGGAAUUCGUCGCGACUGGACCUAGACUAGAUAAUCCACAGUGCCAUGCGACUGGCUGUCCUUCCAGAGACAUGACCACCUCCCUGAUGAACAACGUCAAUAAACUUCUCGUGGCUGACCUCGAAUCAAAAACCCUGAUCGUCUGCGGCUCUCUGCUUCAAGGUGCCUGUGAAAAGUACAAAAUGUCGAACAUAUCCCAAAAGCCCGAGUUUAUUCCAAAUAGCGUUGCUGCGAACGAUGAGAACUCGUCCACCUACGCCUUCAUCGGUCCCGAACGCUACAAUCCCUGGGGCCGAACAAACAUCCUCUACGUCGGCACCACCUUUACAAACAACGGGGAAUAUCGCCACGACGUUCCCGCCAUUUCCAGCCGAAAUCUCUACACUCUCGAGUUUGCCGAGUACACUUUCAACAAACAGUCGAUCCUCCACAUUGACGUCAAGUAUCGAGACCACUUCCUGGUUAAGUACGUUUACGGAUUCAAUGCCAGCGACUACGCUUAUUUUGUCCUCGUCCAGAAGCAGUCGUAUCUUCCCGAGCAGGAGGAAUUGGGAUAUGUGUCGAGAUUGGCCCGGAGCUGCAUCAGUGACGCGAAUUACGACAGUUAUACCGAGGUGACGCUUCAGUGCAAUGUCGAUGGAAGGACAGAUCUUUAUAAUUUAGUGCAGGACGCCAAGGUAGCUGCGGCGGGAAGCGAUCUGGCAAUGCAGCUUGGAAUCGCUGUCGGUGAUCCGAUUUUUGUAGCUGUCUUCUCGCCCAGCAAAGGAAUCACGAAUGAAGCCAUGCCGAAAUCCGCCCUCUGUGUUUAUAGUCUGCAGGACAUUGAAACCAAGUUCAACGAAAAUAUACACAUGUGCUUCAAUGGGAGCAUCAAGUACAGGAACAUGGGAUAUGUUAGUGGACCGAUUCAGGAUGGAAAGUGUCCUACGGCAGGGACUACGGGAAAUAUUCUAAACUUUUGUGAGGUAGGACUAAAAAUUUCUGGAGUCUCGCCAAUCGUCGGACAGAACAUUCUCCAAUUUUCGAAUACCUACGUCACGUCCGUUAGUAUAGCAAACACUGAAAGUCACACAGUCGCCUUCCUGGGAACCAGCGAAGGAACCCUGAAGAAGGUUCUACUUUCGGGUGCAGAAGCCUCGGUUUACGAGACAGUUGUCGUCGACAAAGGACGGAAAAUCCUGGCUGAUACUGCCAUCGCACCUAGUGGAGACCAUUUAUAUGUUUUGUCAGUCUCCAAGAUAUCGAAAGUAAAAGUGGAGCAUUGCAGUAGCUAUACAAACUGCACAAGUUGUUUGGAAGCCAGGGAUCCUUACUGCGGUUGGUGCUCGCUCGAGAAAAGAUGCACAGUUCGCCGAGCGUGUCAGAAAGCAAGUCGAAGUAGUCCAAGGUGGCUUUCUUUGGGAACAGGACAACAGUGUAUAGAUUUUGAACAAGUACUUCCGGACCGGAUCCCAAUUAAUCAAAUGACAACGGUUCAAUUGACAAUCAGAACUCUUCCCGAAUUGCCUUCCGGUACCAAUUACAAAUGUGUAUUUGGAACCGCUGAACCAAUCGACGCAAUUAUGACUGGCUUCGGACUCUCAUGUCCAACUCCGAUGACUCUAUCCAGGCCAAAUAUUCCCGAAGGCACCGAUCACGUUUUGGUUCCACUCUCGGUGCGAUCCAGCGAAACUAAUAAGGACUUUGUCUCGCGCAACUUUGCGUACUUUGAUUGCUCGAGGCACACUGUUUGUACGGAAUGUGUUAAAUCCCAGUGGGCCUGCAGCUGGUGUGUCUACGAUAACAAGUGCACGCAUAAUACCAGCGGAUGCCAGGGCAACAUCAUUUCUGGCGAAAAUAAUCAAGCAAACCUUGCAGCUCACGGCGUUCAGUACUGUCCCCGUUUCGUUCAACGAGAAUCCCGAUUUAUGCUUCCAAAUAACGUCCCGAAGGAAAUUGCCCUCGAGGUGGAGAAUUUGCCACAUCCUCAAGUCGGACACACUGGUUUCCAGUGCAUCGUAACAAUCGAGGGUGCGAAUCUGCGAGUUCAAGCGAGAGUCGACAGCAGUCGAUUCAUCGUUUGCGACAAGACGAUUUACUCCUAUGAGGCUCACUCCGGCGAAUACGAGGCAGCAGUGACAGUUGUCUGGAACACAAAUCACCACGUGGAUCAGACAACAAUAAUUCUUUAUAAAUGCGAGGUGCUCGGUUCCCAUCGAGAGCACGCCGAUUGUUCCCUGUGUGUCACAAGGGACAAACGAUACGAGUGCACCUGGUGUGGCAACAGUUGUGUUUACAGACACUCGUGUCUUCACUCUCCAUUUUCGGAAUGUCCAAAACCGAGAAUCGAUAUGAUUAGACCAUUGAGUGGACCGAUUGAGGGUGGCACUCUAGUCACGAUAGAGGGCAGCAAUCUGGGAUUGAAGGAGAGCGACGUCGAGGGUAAAAUUCGAAUUGGCAAAACGCCCUGCGCCCUAAUCGAUUACGAGGUGUCGGUACGAAUUGUUUGUCGAACGGGACGACAUCCAGCGACUGAUACAGCGACUGUUGUUGUGGGAAAUGUUGCUGGGUAUACGGAAAGUGCAGUGCUUUUUAAUUACAAGGAUAUAAGACUGACGGGGAUUUAUCCUUCGGUUGGGCCUCAAAGUGGAGGAACGAGACUCGCGAUUACGGGAUCAUAUUUGAAUAUUGGCAGCAAAAUUGCCGCGUAUUUGGAUGAGCUUCCUUGUCGGGUGAAUGCGACUCAGGCGAGUAGUACGAGACUUACUUGUGUGACGAGCAAGGCUGGACGUGUGAGGAGAAUUCGAAAAUUGACGUUGAGUAUUGACGGGGCUAAUCGAACUCUUGUGGGAAAUCCUUAUAAUUAUACGCAUGAUCCGACAAUUAUGGAGAUUAAGCCUUUGAGGAGUUUUGCGAGUGGAGGCAGAAUGAUCACUGUGCAUGGGACGAAUUUGGAUACUAUUCAGAAACCAGAGAUGGAGGUUUAUGUUGAGAAUGAAUCCAAGCCGGUGAAUCGAACUGUUUGCACAGUUUUGAAUCCUACACAGAUGGAGUGUCCGAGUCCGAGCGUCGCCAACCGAUUCAAAGCGCUGAGCCUGAGCAGAAAGCGCAGUAAAAGAACAACUCAAAGGAAGGAAACACAGCUCUCUUUAAAAAUCGGCUUUGUCAUGGACAACGUGGAAACCGUUCGCGAUUUGGAGAAACAUUUCCAGAAUCUUCGCAACCGUCUUCUUUACGUGGAGGAUCCGAAAUUCUUUCCAUUCCCUCGCGACGUGAAACUCUACAAAGGCGACACGCUCGUGAUCGAAGGCGAGAAUUUAAUCUACGCGAGUGACGAAUCCGACGUAAAUGUCACCGUGGGAACUCUGCCUUGCAACGUCACUUCUCUCGCCCUGACUCAGUUGGUUUGCAUUCCACCUGACCAACAGCCAGCAGACACCGAUGAACUGGGAGUUAAAACGGAUCGGGGUCUGCCUCUUGUAGUUGUGCGUAUUGGCCGCAGUCUUCGUUUUCCCAUCGGCUAUUUGCACUAUGAUGUCAUCAAGUCCUACCCGAUACCUCCGGAAGCAAUCGCAGGAAUUGCUGCUGGCACAUUCGGUUUGGUGUUUCUCUUUGUCCUGGUGCUGGUGAUAUACAGACGGAAGAGCACGCAGGCUGAGAGGGAGUACAAGAGGAUACAAAUUCAGAUGGACACUCUGGAGAGCAAUGUGAGGAUGGAGUGUAAACAGGCAUUUGCUGAACUUCAAACGGAUAUGACGGACUUGACGGCCGAUUUGGAAUCUUCGGGAAUUCCGACUUUGGAUCACAAGAACUAUAUUAUGAAGGUCUUUUUUCCAGGAGUGAUAGAUCAUCCGAUUUUAAACGAUCCGAGGAACAGAUCGACUCUGACGAGGACAAAUUAUGACGCGGCAAUGGUCCAGUUUGAACAACUUGUCAAUAACAAGUGUUUUAUUCUGACGUUCAUCGAGACGCUGGAGGCGCAAAAGGACUUUAAUAUCAGGGACAAGGUGAAUGUCGCCUCUCUACUCAUGGUUGUUCUCAUGAGCAAAAUGGAGUAUGCGACCGAUAUACUGAUGAAUCUUCUCCUCCGUCUGAUCGACAAAUCCGUCGAUACCAAACACCCUCAACUAAUGUUGAGACGAACCGAGUCUGUCGUCGAGAAAAUGCUGACCAACUGGAUGGCUCUCUGCAUGUACAACUACCUGAAAGACUAUGCCGGGUCGUCGCUCUUUCUCCUCUUCAAGGCCAUCAAGCACCAAAUAGAGAAAGGACCCGUGGAUGUGAUAACCCACGAGGCCAGGUACUCGCUCUCCGAGGAGCGUCUGCUUAGAGAGCAAAUUGACCACUCUGUCGUCACUCUCCACGUCGUGCAGGACGAUCUCGACGAAAAGAUCCAGUGUAAGGUCCUCGACUGCGACACCAUCAGCCAAGUGAAAUCAAAGAUACUUGAUGCGCUCUACAAAAAUACUCCCUUUUCUCUGAGGCCCUCGGUCCACGAGGUCGACCUUGAGUGGCGACACGGCCGAGGCGGUCAUCUCACGCUUCAGGAUGAGGACUUGACGACCAAGUGUAGCGGUGACUGGAAAAAGAUCAACACCCUGGCCCACUAUGGUGUCAAGGAGUCGGCAGUCAUGUCCCUGAUUCCACGACAGAAUGACGGGUUCUCGGUAGCUUGCAAGCAACCCUGUCACAACUGCAAGCCGUCCCAUCAUCAUCUUCUUCCGCAGCAGAAUCUCCAUCAGCAGCAUUACAACAGGCACAUGAAUCACUGUUCAACUCUGCAUCUGCCAACAACGCCCAAUCACGGAUUAAUAAGUCCAACACUCUACUCUCAUCCGCCAGGCGGUGGUAUUUACUUUGAUCCCCAGCACUCGCCUCCGAUGAUCACCGCGAACGGAGACAUUGAGAGCGGUCACGGGGGAAAUCCAAGACUCUACCAUCUGGUCAGGCCUCUCGAUGAGGUGCACUACGCUCCGGGAAUGGGUUACGCGAGUAGCAAACAACAUCACAAUCCGGAACGGACACACAAGGCAAUUCCCGAGAUUUUUCUCACGAGACUCCUCUCGACGAAGGGCACUGUGCAGAAAUUUGUGGAUGAUUUCCUGAAUACAAUUUUAACGGCAAAUGACGCCUUGCCAAGUGCUGUCAAGUGGCUAUUUGAUCUGCUUGAUGAGGCGGCCAAGAGGCAUGGAAUUAUCGAUCCCGAGGUACCACACGCGUGGAAGUCGAAUAGUUUGCCUUUGAGGUUCUGGGUGAACUUUAUCAAGAAUCCAGACUUUAUGUUCGAUAUCAAUAAGACGACGACGGUCGACUCGAGUUUGUCGGUGAUAGCACAGACUUUUAUGGACGCAUGUUCAACGACGGAGCAUCGGCUGGGCAAGGACUCGCCUUCGAAUAAGUUACUCUUUGCGAAGGACAUACCUCACUACAGGGAAAAAGUCGGCCGAUUUUAUUUGGAUGUACAGAGACUGCCGCAAAUCACUGACCAGGAGAUGUCGAGUGCCAUGCAACAGCUGAGUGCGGCCCAUGCCAACGAGUUUGAUGUGAUUGCAGCGCUUAAAGAGUUGUAUAUCUACGUCAGUAAAUAUUACGAACAAAUUCUAGAGGCCUUGGAGACAGACGCAGGCUGUCGCAAGCUACACCUAGCGCAUAGACUGGAAAACGUGGCGUGCACACUCGAAGGAGAAGAGACUAGUGCCUGCUGACACAACCUUUCAGCCAUCUUCGUGGAACCCGUCGAUUUCUCGAGAAACACUGAUUAGUGCCUCCACUUCACGCAUCAGAUACACCUCGUUACAUAUGUACAAAUCUACAAAUCUACCCACCCACCACGCGAUUAGACAAAUUCCGCAGUGUUGAUCGUCUUCUUUGUCGAAAACCGGGAUUGAUGACGAUCCUCGGUAUUUCUUUUAUCGUCGGGCAUCAAAAAAUCCCUCGUGCAAACCUUUACAGGACGAAAAAGCAGACAACAAAAAAAACCGAGGACUGUCCCCUACCGUCCAAGAAAAAUGGACGUAAAUGAUCCCUCGGAAGACGUUGUUGUUGUUGUUGUUGUCGUUGACCUUUUCCUGUCAAGUUUCGCGCGAAGCCACCCCCCACACUAAGUUUACACUAACGAGAAAAAAUAAAUAGACAUUAAAAACAAACUAAAAAUGCAAGUGAGAAAGCCAUAGUGUCCACCAGAACGUUUGUACGAUUGUGUACAGCAGCGAGUAGUCUGUGAUCCGAGCACACGAGUGGCUAUGCCUACUUAUCUUCAUUAAUAUUGAUAUGUUAUAUAAAUAAAAUAAAAAAAUACAU